AUGGCGGUCCUAACAUCUCCUCCAAACAGCCUGCCGUACGUGGUGGCUUUGAACUGCAUGGAGGGCUGCCACGCGCAAGCUGAGGCGCUCGCGGACCUCUGCGUCCUCGAGAAUGUCGGGCUCAGCGAGGGCAUGCUCGACAAGCUCGAGCGUGCUGACGUGGUGCUCGUUCAUUCGCUGCAUUACCUGCCGCGCGCCGCGCAGAGAAAGCUCUCCGCGUCGCAGCUGAUUCUGUGCCUGGGGUCGUCCGCCGACACGCGCCCCGUCGAGUCGUCGCUCGCGGAGGAGCUCGGCCUGCGAUUGGUCCACGUGGACGUGCCGCGCACGGACGAGGUCGCGGACAGCGUGAUGGCGCUGAUGCUCGGUCUGCUCCGUCGCACGCACGUUCUCGCAGCGCAGGGCUGCACGAGCGCGAGCUGGUUCGCGGGGUUCAAAGGCGCGUGGCAGGGCAUGCGGCGGCUGCGCGGGAUGGUGCUCGGGCUCGUCGGCGCCAACGCUGCUGCGCGCGCCGUCGCGCGGAGAGCCGCCGUGUUCGGCAUGCGCGUCGUCUUCUGCGACCCCGAAGGGGUGAGGCGCUCGCGCUUUCGCUGCACAGGAGCUGCAGCGCUCCCCGCGGGCGGCGGCGCUGAUGCGCGCGGUGGGGACGGAGCGAAGCACAGUGGAGGCCGUGCUGGCCGCCAGUGA